AUGCAUAUGACUUUUGUGCGUUACUUUUCGCUCUUACUGAUCGUAGCUUGCAUCACUGUGAAUUGCCAAUAUCCAUUUGGUUACUAUGGCCCUUAUGGAUAUGGCAGAUAUGGUAGAUAUGGUCGCUAUGGCCCUUUUGGAUAUGGUAGAUUUGGUUUUAAUCCUUACGGAUUCGGUAGAUAUGGGGGAUAUGGUUUCUUACCUUAUUUGUACGGUGGGCAAGGUUUUGGUCGGCCACCGUUCUUUGGUGGCUUUGGAGGGUUGACUUCCUCUGAUGCUGGAGCUGGAAUCGGUGCUGGACUCGGUGCUUUGGCGGGAAGUUUACUUGGAAAGUAA